AUGGGUGCAUCAAACUCCACACCUCAAUCAGUCAAGUCCGUGAAUGAGGUCACUUCAGCAUCAGCUGAUCAGGACGAGACAUACUAUCCAAGACAUGCAGAAGAUGCAGUUGCCGCUCUCAACAUUCUGCGGCAACGGCUACCGUCUGAACUUGUCUUAGAAGUCCUGGAACACGCCCAAUACUGGAUUCGCUCUAAAGUGUACAGAAACGACAAACUAGCCUUUACAGAAUUUGACUGCAAGGAACGACCCUCAUACUUAACAUCCAGACGUAUCCAGGGUGACCGGUUUCCAGUCCGAGAGAUUAGAAUCGAUAUCUGGAGUCAUGACCAGGGAUGGAGUAGCUACCGUGAAGAUUAUGGUAGCUACCGAAACUCUUGGACGUGGUUCGAGCUUGGGAUUCAGAGGCCAGAUGGCAGACAUGAUCUCUGCCAAGGAGAGGACCUUCGUCUCAUGACGAAUAUCCAUGCGUCGAAAGACACGAAGCAUCAUGAGAUUAUUUAUCGAGAUGAUCAAGAUCUACAGUGGCUCAGGGGCCUUCAAGCUGGUGAUCGGGUUGCAAUAAUUCCUCUGGCAAAAUAUCCUGGAUGGACCAACUUUGUCGAUAAGGCUUGUAUUGAGAUUUACACAAAUCCUAUUUUGUGA